AUGAUGUGGAUCUUCAACAACGCGACGUUCUUCAACGAGUCAGGGUCGCAAAUCUACCAAGACACAAGUCGACCUCGAAAGCGAGUAUUUCCGGGUUCGGCGAGAGAUCCUGGACAAGUACAGGAUCCCGUUCGACGCAUCGCACUCGGAUCAGGACCCCGAGGACGGGCGAACAACAACACAAUGAAGGUCGCCAUGGUCUCGCACCUGCGCGUCGGCGGCCCCCAGGAUCGGCGAAAGUACAUUGACGGCUACUGGUUCAUGACGCCAUCAGAGAUCCCUGAAGCUGGCCAUGGCGUACGUGGCGUCGUUGGAAAGUGCUAUAUCCUGCCUUUUGUUGUCUAUUCGCGCGCAUAUCCGAAGGGGUAUUCUCCGCAGGACGUGUUUGUGUGCGAGAGUUCGUAUACACCCAGUGCUGCCGAAGGCAGCCCAGGUAUGCUCAAGCCCAUUUCCAACUGGGCCGCAGAGUUCAAGACCCCAAUGCUCCGGCCGCCGCCGUUCGUCCAGUACAUCCAGCCAUUGGUGCUGAAGAAGCAGACAGCAGACAAGUGGAAUGCACAGGCGAUGCUGCCACAUCCUGGGCUUACUAUGCUCAACCGCGAGGCUGUCGCACGCAUGCAAGCCCAGGCCCAGGCUCAGACCCUCGCCAAGCCUCAGACUCAACCGCAGCAGCAGAAGCAGCAGCAGCAAGCUGGCAGUCAGAUCGUUGCCCGUCCACCGACCUCAACUGUGCCAUCGCCUAGCCCUGCAUCGGCAGCGUUCAACCAGGCAAUGGGGCAACUCAACCAAAGACAUCAGCAGAAUCUCCACUUGGCACAGGGGCAGUUGGCGCAGCGUGAGGCUGCAAUCCGUCAACAGAUCAUGAGCAAGUUGACUGCAUCGCAGCAGCAGAACCCCAACUUUGUCGGCUCCAUCCACCACCAGGCACUGCUCAACCAGCAGACCCAGUUGACCCAGCAGGCGCAGGCUGCCUAUCUGUCACAGGUGCAGCAGCUCCAGCUCACAUUCAACCGCCAAGCCAGCGCAUUGAAGCAGCAGUUUGCCCAGAUGCAGCAGUCGCAGAUCCAGCCGAAUACUGCACCAUCAAUGUCACCCAUGGCGGGUGUGCAGAUGGCCAACUCGUCGCCAGGACUCGCUGCCAUGAGCCCUAAUUCGCUACAGGGUGGUAUCAAUUCGCCACUGGUGCGCCCAUCACAAGCGCCAGUGUCUGUGGGUAUGUCGAUGCCGAUAAGCAUGCCAGUGAGCAUGCCAGUGAGCAUGCCAAUGAGCAUGCCGAUGGCUAUGCCUGGCGGCAUGACUGUUCAACAGCAGCAGCAGAUGCAGAUGCAGAUGCAGCAGAUGGGCAUUUCAAUCCCUGCUGUCACUCAGCAGGCCCUGGCUGCGUCUUCGAUGUCAAUGCCCAUGCUAUCGCUGCCUGCCCGCCCGGGAUUCGCUGGAGCUAUGACUGCACCCCAGCAGGCAAACCUCAUCCAGCCACUCCAGUUCCAGCACGAACUGGCCAAGCUUACUGACAGCGUUGCUGGGACAGCAGCGUCUGGCAGCCUGCAGACCACUGCCCAGCAAAUGAAGCUCCCUCCUGGCGUCAAUGCCCAGGCAAUGAUGGCCGCCCUGAUCCAGCAACAGCUGCAACAGCAGCAGCAGCAGCAGCAGCAGCAACAACAACAACAACAGCAGCAGCAGCAGCAGCAGCAGCAACAGCAGGUUGCCGGCUCUUCUGCACAGUCCACUGCUGGAGGGACGCCGAAGCAGACCGCCACGCCGCUCUCUCCCGAGCUCGCCACCCAGCAAAGCCAAGCUGCGUUGGCACAAGCACAGGCACAAGCGCAGGCGCAGGCGCAGAGUCUGGCUGCCCAGGAGCACUGGAAAAAAAUCACCCGGGUCUUUGUCACACAUGGCAACGAGCGCAUCACCAAGAGCAUCGGCGUCCAGGUCGCUACUCCCAACGCCAGCAUGUUCCUCCACCUGUCGCUCGGGGAAAUGGAGUGUGCACAUGCCCUCCAGGUGCACUCGUCGGCAGCCUCUGUCCUCUUGCGGCCUGUCCCCGGCCCACUCAACAGCAACGGCAAAUUCAUCCUCGAAAUGUCCGUCAAUGGCCGCCGCGUCAUGCCACGCGUGUUCCCGGACAGCACUGCAGGCCUGGAUAACCCGGCACAUGCGGGUGGCAGUGACAGCGGCACAACCGAAGAGACGCCAUCGAUGUUCAGCGAAGAGAUGGACAAGGAUACGCAGCAGAGGAUCACCGCACUGGUCAAGAGCUCAAGCUACGCGUACGACGUCCCGCUUGUUACUGGUGUCAACGUCGUCAACAUGGAGGUGUCUGCUACAGAGUGGUGUCCGGAAUCGCUUGUCAGCGACCAGAGUGACCAGCAGGUGCCGCCGGCGCAGUCUAUUGACGGAUCUGCCGAUGCUGUCUCGCCUGCGCAAAAGAAGCCUGAGGUCAAGCAGUACUUCCUCUUUAUUACGCGCAGCUAA